AUGAUUAAGAGAUUUGGUCUAAUUUUGUAAAAAACGUGGCAACUAAAACGUUAUUUUCCCUUAGCUAAUUAUUUCGCUUUCAAAUAGGCUAAAUUCUAUAUCACACAGUUCUAUCCUCAUUGGAAUUUAAAAUCAUUUGAAUAAGUUUGCUAAAAUGCUGAAAAGAUGUUCCUAGCAAAUAGAUCUGAAAGGUAACAUUUCGUCCAAUAAGUUAUAGAUUUUUAAAUUGAUCUCAAUACUCAUCUACAAUAUGAUUGGAAGACUUACUAUAAUUGGAAUUACACAUGCUUAUUCAAUAUUACAAUCCCAGAUCAUGGAAUUGCUAUUAUUUUGAAUACUCCCAAAACAACUAUUAAUGGAAAACCAAGAGCUUAAUUGUUACUUUAACAACAAGUAAUGGCUACAUAGGAUUGGAAAUUAUUGAUUUUUUAUCAAGCAAAAUUUUUUUCAAUGAAAACAAAGGAGAGAGCUGCAUUCUAGAAAAAAACAAUUAAUGAAGCUAUUGAAUCAUUGAAAGAAAAGAUGAAGUCAUGGGAAGAAGAGAAAAGAGAUUAAAUCUAUGAACAAUUAUUAAUGCAAGGCUGA